AUGGAGACGUCACAGGAGCCCGUCAAGUCGAUCGAGGACGAUAACAAGGGCGACGGCCAAAAUGGAGCUCCUAUCCCCGAUGAUCUAUGGAGGAUUAUGAUGGAUGUGGUCCUGACCAUCUAUGAGGUGCGCGAAGAAGAUGGCCACGACCCCUCGAGAUUGUUCCAUCGCAGUGUCAACAAGCGUUAUGUUCCCGAUUAUUAUGAUGUUAUCAAGGAGCCAAUGGCUCUCAGCAUUCUCAAGCAGAAAAUCAACAAGCGAGAGUACAGGAGGUUCUCGGAUUUCGUGCGAGAUUGCGCGCUGAUCCCGCAUAAUGCGCAAACCUACAAUCGCCCAAUGUCCCAAGCCUACGAGGAUGCGCUUGUCAUCAAGGACGUUUUUGCUCAAGAGUUCAACAAGCUAGCCAAGCAAGGGAUCGUUACUGCUCAAGAGGCUCAACUGCCUGAUCUCGGAGAGAUCCCCGAGCCGGAUCCUCUUCCUGAGGAGGAGGAAGAGGAGGAAGAUGACGACGAGGAGGAUGACGAGGAUGAUUCCGAUGAUGAUGGUCGACAGAAGAAAAAGCGUGGCCCUAAGCCUAAGCGCGAUGGAAAAGAUGACGGCCAAAAAGAGCCUGAGAUGCGCAAAAAGCGAGGCCGACCGCCGCGUGUGGACACCCCGAUGGAGGCCCGGAUUAAGGCAGUCCUGAAGGGAAUUCGGAAAUUGAAAGAUCCCAGCGGCCAACUCAAAGUGCGACACUUCGAGCGACUGCCGGACAAGGGAACUUAUCCAGACUACUACAUGGAAAUCAAGGAGCCUGUUGCCAUCGACCUCAUAAAGAGAAAGUCGAAACGGAAGAAGUAUCAGUCGGUUGAUCAUUUCAUGAGAGACAUGAACUUGAUGUUCAACAACGCCAAGGCCUACAAUCAACCCGAAAGCCAAAUAUACAGAGAUGCCGUCGACUUACAGGUGGAAUCGCGCAAACUCGCCGAGCUCGAGAAGAAAAAGCCCGACAGCGAAUACCUGAUGGAGGACGGGCGUCUUCCGUUGCCAGACGGUAUCCUCUACAAGGGUGAGAUGUGGAAAGUUGGUGACUGGGUUCACAUCCAAAACCCUAACGAUGUCACGAAACCCGUCGUGGCACAGAUCUACCGUACGUGGCAGGACCCAGAAGGCGAUAAAUGGGUCAAUGCCUGUUGGUAUUAUCGGCCCGAGCAAACCGUCCACCAUUACGAAAAGCAUUUCUACCCCAAUGAAGUGGUUAAGACUGGCCAGUACCGUGACCAUCGCAUCGAAGAGGUCAUUGAUCGUUGCUUCGUCAUGUUCGUUACCCGCUACAACCGCGGACGACCAAGAGGUUUACCUCCGGAGAAAGACGUAUACGUCUGUGAGUCUCGGUACAACGAAGAGAAGCACAAGUUGAACAAGAUCAAGACCUGGGCAAGCUGCCUUCCGGACGAAGUGAGGGAAAAAGACUACGAAAUGGAUCUCUUUGACGUUCCACGAAGAAUCAAGAAAAUCCCCAGUCCAAUCAAACACCUACUGAAUAAGGAUGCAAAGGAAACGGAUGAUCUUCCCAAGGCGGCCUGGGGAGCAGAAAAUGCGCCACCAGUUGUUGGAGCGGUUCAUUGCCGUCCACGAGAUGAAAACGAAUCUCCACCACCUGAGCCAACGCCGUCUCCUCCUCCCUCCCUACCCCCGUCUUCUCUGCCACCUUCUCGGCAGCCACCUAUCAGUCAGAGUCCUGUCCGGCCGAGCGUGGAUAGUCAGGGCAACAUUACAAUGGCUGGUGUUCCUCCUGUGUCAAUACGCUCUCCGGCUGCGCCCGUUGUACCAGUCCAAGGUUCUCCGGUGCCAAUGCCCUCCGCAUCCUAUCAAUCGCCGAAUAUGGCAGCGGCCCAGGUGUACCAACCUGGCUUACAAAGACGCCCUAGCUUUGCGCCUCCAACGCCGGGUGUACCUUACCCAGGAGCUGCGGUUUCUAGCCCGUAUGCAACUGCCCAAGCAACCCCAUAUUCACCAUACCAGACAAACCGUCUGGCCUCGCAGCCGACAGUGUAUAACCCUAACGCACCGCGCCCCAUCGAAGUCUUCCAACUAAGCGAUGCCGCCAACGCCGCAAUUCCCGCUGAUAUACGGGAACAAUUCCACUGCGACGACCACGGCCGUGUCCUCUUCUUCUCUUCACUCCCAAUGGACAUUCUGCCCUCUUCGCGUCAGAAACUGGGUCAUUCACUCAAAUAUCUUGCCGCGAAAGAAGAACGUCGGAAGAAACUCGAAGAGCGCAAGCGAAAGGCAUCUGAGCAGGACGAACGGGAGAAAGCGGCCAAACGCGCUCGCGCUGACGAGGAGUCCACCCUUGCGACUCGUGUGGAGGCGCUCACGAACCGCGCUGUCGAGACGAUGACCAACCAGAUUGUGUCUGGGACGGACAAGAUCUACGAGGCCCUUUAUCAGGACCAGGCGGACGCGGCCAAGAGUGCUGAUGCCAAGGUCCGCGAGCAGCGUGUUGUUAUCGAUAGGGCUACACAGGAGCAGACGGCAGGUAUCAAAGCACACUCCCAAGGCAUCUCUCUUGUAACUCUUAGGGGUAAUGCCGUCUAUAUGAAUGAUAUUGAACCGAGGAGUUGA